AGCAUCAAAAGUAGCGGAUCAAAUAAUGUUUCAUAAGUAACUACCAUUCUGUAACAGCUUAACAAAAAGUGAUGUCUUUAAUAUAUAACAAGUAAGACUGUAAAAGAUAUACUUUUGAGCGCGAAUUUUAGAAAUUUAUCUAUAUUUGGAAAAGUUAUCCGGAAUAUCAGAUACUUUUGAUGCUGACUGUACAACGAGCUGCAAAAUUGCAUAGACAAUUGUUCAGCUGGGUGUACAUUAUUUUUACGAGUUAUUUCCAGGAAUUUUUGAUAUCCGAGACUUGGCCAAAGCAUUAUUCAUGUACGAAAGAUAACAGCAUAAAUUAUCCUGCUGCAUGCUUCGCCGCCAUGAAGCGGAAUAAGUAGGCUAUUUUAAACGGAUUUUCCGAGCUGAAUAGAUACCGGUCACUAGAUAGCGGGAAGAUAAAAAUAAAAACAAUCAUAAUAAGUACUUUCUUUUUUAUUUACACUAAUUUUAGACUUCGUUAAAUCAAUCUAUCAUCAAAACUUUUAUUUACCUCUUUCUAAUAUAUAAUUUCAUUGGAUACACAAUUACGAGUACCAAAUAGUUGGCAAAGACCUUAAAAUGUACAUUUAAAUUCUGAAGUCAAGUUAACUAACAGGACAGCAUUAACAAACAUAUUCAACAAAGCGGGUAAAACUUUCGCAGCUAAGAAGUUGGAAUUGUGUAUACAAUGUCUGGUAACAGUGCGCUCUAACAAGCCGGCCAUCUGAAGUUGUUAAACGGGCAGGAACAGAACAGGCAGGCGGGCGAAUAAUUCUAGGCGAGCGGUCAGUAACUGGGGAGCUCUUGCGGACAGUUUGGAAGUGCGGCGGCGGCGACUCGGCCUGGGGCGGCGCAGGAGUCCCGAGAUCUAUCGCUGACAGCUUCGUCAUGGAGGCGCAUUCGCUCGGCCGCAUUCGCCAAACCCCUACUGUGAGGAAUCAUAUCGUCUACACCGACCAAAAAGGAAGAAAAAUCCCGUAUGCUGACAAGACCACGCCGGAGCCAAUCCUGAGCAACAAUGGGCGAGACACAAAGGUCGAAUCGAUCAGAAACAGCUACAACAGCCAGUUGAAAGUGGGCAUCUACGGAUGGCGGAAGAAAUGCCUUUAUAUUCUCGUAAUGGCGCUCAUGCUUAUGAUGAUUAUCAACCUCGCACUGACGCUUUGGGUUUUAAAAGUGUUGGAUUUCAAUUUGGGAGGGAUGGGCCAGCUAAGAAUAGUACCAGGAGGCCUACAGUUACAGGGGCAGGCUUUAGUGCUGGACUCGCUAUUCGCUUCGAGCAUCAAGUCGAGGAGAGGCCAGCCCAUUGCCAUCGAAUCAUCUAGAAACUUUACGGUUUCUACAAGAGACACAGAGGGAUUGUUGCAGAGUCGGUUAUUUUUAAGUCACGAUCGUUUAGAAGUAAACACACCCAGGCUGGAGGUGCGCGACGCGCGGGGCGCGCUGUUGUUCGGCGCCGGGCAGAACUCGGUGACCGUGGGUGCGGAGACGCUCACCAUCACCAGCCCCGCUGGCGUCGCGCUGCACACCUCCGCGCAAACCCCACUGGUGCGCGCGCCACCAUCCAAAAGACUAACAUUAGAAUCUCCGACGCGCUCACUGGAAGUGCACGCGCCGCAGGGCAUCGAGCUGGAGUCUCGCGCCGGCGGUAUCAGUGCCAGCUGUCUCACCACCUUUCACCUCAAAUCUGUUGCGGGCGCUAUACGUUUAGACGCACCCAGUAUAUACAUGCCCAAGCUGAAGUCGGCCUUACCGUUACCGCCUUCAUCGCCGCACUCGCGCGACCCCCACCACCAGAACAUCUACCAGCUGUGCGCGUGCGCCAACGGCAAGCUGUUCCUCGCGCCGCCUCACGGCCCCUGUGCGGCUAGGGAAGAAAGUCUCAUAUGCCGAUAAUAAUAUGUACUUAGGCUUAUCUGAUAUGACGAUUUCGGAAGCUGCCGGGUGUAUUCAAAAAUUAUUUAAUCAGUAAAGCAGCCAUUGUUAGGUAGGUAUGACCAAUUGACCAUAAAUAUUUUGUCUUCAACUUUACAUUUGUGAUUAAGAGUUAAAGCCAGUGUUGUAUUGUACCUAUCGUAUUGUAAGGUUUUGGCUUGAGUCUGAAUAUUAUUCCGAUGAUUUAUGUUUUACUGAGCAAAAUCACGAUAUAUAUUUAUAUAUUUUUUUAUUAUCGAUAUAUUUUAAGCUAAAGUCACACAUUUAACCUAGUUUUUUAUUAUUAUUAACUGAUCAGCGAUAGGCUCUAGUCGCACCUGAUGGAAAGUGAAGACAGGGCCUAAGAUGGUUUUUACCGGUUCAGUAGUAGCCUAUUCACUCUUGCUUUAAAGAGACCGAGGUCAUAUUUAUCAGAGAAUACAAGUAACGGGAGCGCAUUCCAUUCCUUAGCCGUCCGUACCAAAAUCCGUCGUGCGAACAAAUAGAACGUUUACCACGAACAGGUGCAUUCGCUCCCCACGCCUGGAUGUCCGAUGAUGGAAAGGGGAAGGUGUUAUCAGGUCUUUGGCACAAAUUUUGCAAAAAUUUGGCACA